AGUGUUACAACAGCGUUUAGUCAUGCAGUGAUAAUGAUCCCAAUAUUCCCUCUAAUCUAUUGACACCGUGCGUCAGUCACAGGUGCCUUCAUGUUCAAUGUUUUGAAUGCGAGUACCUGCUUCUGAACAGCAGAGGCGCUGUUUCAACCGAAGCAGGCAUGACGCGGUGGGUCACGUGACAAUACGCGGAAGUACAAGCGGGAAGAACGCAGAGGAGGAGGUAGAAGGUAAACAUACCGCACGAAUUAGUUAUAAACAGACUAAAUGAAGACUUAACAGGAGGAUUUUAGAGACAAUAACAUUUUUAUCUGUGUCUCAAACUAAAGUAUACGUUGUCCCAGCAUGAUUAACCCACGUCACACAAGCAGAGCGAUCCUCCGCAGGCUGGUUCUCCUCCAGGUACAGUUUAAUCACAAUUACAACAAGUCGCUCGUAACAAGGUCAAUACCGGAACAAUCAGAUAAGCGACUGAGGAGGAGCAGCAGCAGCAGCAGGAGGAGAAUGUCAAAGACCAGUGACAGCAGAGGAGGAGCAGAGGAGGUGGAGGAGGUGACGGGGUGCAGCCUGAGGAGCUCUUCACCUGCAGCCUUCACACAGGAGGACACGGCCAUCCAUUCGGUCCACAGAGAAGCGUGUGAGGCAAAGAAGCAGAUGUACGUCGACCCCGUCAGUGGGUACAAGGUGUUCACGGAAUAUGCCCACCUUCAGAGAGGGAGCUGCUGCGGCAGCGCCUGCAGACACUGUCCAUACGGCCAAGUCAACGUGAAGGAUCCAGCGGCGAGGAAACGCUUUAACUCCCUGUUUUAUGUAUAGGCCUUACAAACUUGAGCCAAAGGGAGAAUUUAAGAGCCUGUUUAGAAUGGAGUGCAUGUUGCUUGUCUUCUGGCUGUCGUUAUUUUGACUACUUGAGUCAUUUUUUAUCAGUGUACUAAAUGAUGAAAUAUGACUGGUGUCUGUGCAACACUUACCUCCUAUGAAUCACAACUAUUCUCAGGAAUAUUUUAUUCUCCCGGAAGAUUAUAAGGAAGAAGGAGGAAAGGAUUUGUUCAAUGGAACCUUAUCUAAAAAAAAAAAAAAAAAAAAAAACUCUUUUAUCGUGGCUUUUUGGUCGUUGUUUUCACAUAGGCUUUUCAAAUAACUAAUUAUAUUAAAUCUAAUUUCUCCCUUUUGUUGUUAUUGAACUUUCUAUAACACGCGGCCUGUUGCAUUCACCGAGGUCAAACGUGGAGAUGAGAACUGAGAGACACCGUGGUGGAGCUCUGCCCUCAAGACCAAGGGGCGCAUGAGCGAAACUCACUCCACAUCAUCAGACGUGGAGUCUUUUUGCUCUUUUGCAUUCCAUCCCUCGUUAUAUUUGCCUCCCAAACGCACCGCGGCUGAACACGGCUAUUUGCAUUCACACAUGUGCUCGACUGAACCGUCUACCUCCGACUGAAAUACUGUGCUGUUAAAAAUAGGCAGGGGGCCAAAGGCCGGCCCUCACACUUGGCUGUGCUGCUUUUACACCACUUGAUGGAAUCAGGCUGUUAACAAACAUGCCAUGGACAUCAACGGCAGCCCUCCCCACCGGACUCGCAGCUCAGCCUCCUGGCAACACUUGGCUGCGGCGCAGCUCCCUGCAGCUGCUCUCCUGAGCCGCAGCCUAAUGAACUCCUGGGCCCUGAUAUCCCAGCACUGCAAUAGAUCAGCUCAUGUUCAGGAGCAUGCUCAGACCCACACAUGCAUAGGCAGCCUUACUCCAUCACAAUACCCCGUGGCUCCUAAUAGGCCAAUAUAGAAUAAAGGUUGCACUGAGCGCUGCACUUACAGUAGCCCACAGUAAUAGUACAAGGUAGGGUCAAGCGCUCACACAGCAGUGUGUGUGUGUGUGUGUGUGUGCAAGGAAAGAUGUGCCACUUGAUUUGUGAGUGCAUGUGGGUAGGCAGCACGGUGCCUUCGGGCGCCGGGCUCUUAACCUGCCACACACACUCACCCGUCUCCGCCUGAUUGGGCAAACAGCGUCAGGAUGAGAAGAUGUGUCUGCCAAGGAAUUCUGUCGCAGCCGCCCACUGCAUGGCGCAACCACAAUUUUCCUCGGCAGCCGGGUCCCAAAGGCAAGUGCCGAGUGAUCGGAGCAAAGCCCUGUGAGCGGCUACAAGGAGAUUCAUGAUCCCAGCAGUGCUGGAGAGGACAGGUUCUCGGGGACGAGUCGUCAAAUGGGAUGAGAGGCGAAUUUAUUUGGUGUUAUUCUAAACCGAGGCAGCGAAGCGUGCGGCAGCAACAUUUCAGCAGCGGGACGGUGAAGGUGUCACACUCAUCAAGUACCUGGGCCCGCUUCCCUGCCGCGGCUCCGCGGCUUUUGCCUAGGGACUUGUCUGUCACAUUAAAGUAGAUGCAUUGCCAUUCAGGGCCUCGACAGUCCCGCAGCCUGACCAUGAAAUAGGCCAACUUUCAUGUCUGCCUCAUCCACAUCCACAUCCCUCCGAUCCAGUGAUGGCACAAUUUGAAAUGUUUUUUUUUUUUUUUUUAACUCGUCAUAUUCGAACCCAGCAGUUGGACGUAAAUACAGCACAGCAAGUUUCAACAGAUUUAUGGAGGAGUUUAAGUGGAAAUGUGCCCCAUAAGGUGUGAAUGUAAAUCAUCCGUGGUCUGUUCACUGUUACGUUUUCUUGCAUUUUUAAAGCAUUAGUGUUAAUUGUUCCAGAAGUAUUGCUAACCCUAACCAUUUGUCUGACAACGUAACAAUAAUAAAAACACAGUUUGAAAAAAAAAA